AUGGGCUUGGCCGAGUUCGGCCGCAAGGAGCUGACCUUGGCGGAGCAUGAGAUGCCCGGCCUGAUGGCGGCACGCAAGGAGUUCGGCCCCUCUCAGCCUUUCAAGGGCAUGAACAUCAACGGCUCCCUGCACAUGACCAUCCAGACGGGUGUCUUGAUCGAGACCUUGGCUGCCCUUGGCGCCAAGGUGCGCUGGUGCUCCUGCAACAUCUUCAGCACGCAGGACCACGCCGCUGCAGGCAUUGCCAAGGCAGGCACCGCCACCGUCUUCGCCUGGAAGGGAGAGACCCUUCCGGAGUACUGGUGGUGCACCGAGCAGAUGAUGACAGUGCCGGGAGCUGACGGCUGCGACCAGCUGGUGGACGACGGCGGCGAUGCAACUCUCCUGAUCCACAAGGGCAAGGAGUACGAGGAGAAGUUCGCCAAGGACGGCAGCCUGCCGGAUCCUGCCAGCACCACCAACGCAGAGUUCAAGUGCGUCCUGCAGCUGCUGAAGGAUUCCAUUCAAGCAGACAAGACCAAGUACUCCCGCAUGGCCGCCAAGUGCAAAGGUGUCAGCGAGGAGACGACUACCGGAGUGCAUCGGCUGCGUGAGAUGGCAGCCAAGGGCGAGCUCCUCUUCCCGGCCAUCAACGUCAACGACGGCGAUCAAAAUUGGAAGCUGUUUUUGCUUCAUGACUGCGUGACCAAGAGCAAGUUUGACAACGUGUACGGCUGCCGUCACUCGCUUCCAGACAGCAUCAUGCGAGCCACGGAUGUGAUGAUUGGGGGCAAGCGUGCCCUCGUCGCUGGUUACGGAGAUGUCGGAAAGGGCUGCGCCUUUGCCAUGCGCGGCGCCGGUGCCCGGGUGCUCAUCACGGAGAUCGACCCCAUCUGCGCGCUGCAGGCGUGCAUGGAGGGCUUCCAGGUCGUCACCCUGGAGGAGUGUGUGGGUGAGGUGGACAUCUUCACCUCUGCCACAGGCAACUUCAAGAUCGUCACCCUUGAGCACAUGAAGAAGAUGAAGAACAACGCCAUCGUCUGCAACAUCGGCCACUUCGACAACGAGAUUGCCAUGGAGGAUCUGGAGCAGUGCCCUGGCAUCAAGGUGGAGAACAUCAAGCCGCAGGUCGAUCGCUUCGUGUUCCCCGACGGCCACGGUGUCAUCGUGCUGGCCUCCGGCCGCCUGGUGAACCUCGGCUGUGCCACCGGCCACCCCUCCUUCGUGAUGUCUUGCUCCUUCACCAAUCAGGUUCUGGCCCAGCUGGAUAUCUUGGAGAACUGCACCAAGGCCAAGAAGUACAAGAAUGACGUGUACCUGCUGCCCAAGAAGUUGGACGAGAAAGUGGCCGCCCUCCACUUGCCAUCCCUCGGCGCCAGCAUGACCAAGCUGAGCAAGGAGCAGGCGGACUACAUCGGCGUGCCUGUCGAGGGCCCCUUCAAGCCCGACACCUACCGCUACUAA